AAAGAUGUCGGAUCUCCGACGCCGAUCCAACAAGAUAGAAGAAAAAACAAAUUCAACAAGCUGCCCCAAGGGGGUGGAGGGGGACGAGCGGAAUAUUCUUGUGUUAUUAUUCCUCUAUAUCCUCCAGGGUAUUCCGCUAGGAUUAGCGGCAGCUAUUCCGUUAAUCCUCACAAAUAGACAUGUAAGUUACAAGCAACAAGCUGAGUUUAGUCUGGCCUACUGGCCCUUCUCUGUAAAACUACUGUGGGCCCCUAUAGUAGAUUCUUGCUUUAUCAAAUCUUUCGGUAGAAGAAAAUCAUGGCUGGUUCCAGUUCAAUAUCUAAUAGGAUUAACGAUGUAUCUUUUGUCCCUGAAUGUGAACUACUACCUGGGACAGAGGGGGGACGGAGAGGAGGAUAUUGAACCUAAUAUUACUAUGUUGACCGCUAUGUUCUUCUUUCUAAACUUCCUGGCCGCUACACAGGAUAUAGCUGUGGAUGGUUGGGCACUGACAAUGCUACAGAAGCAUAAUGUUGGAUAUGCUUCUACCUGUAACAGUGUUGGUCAAACUGCUGGAUAUUUUAUGGGAUAUGUUCUAUUUAUGGCAUUAGAGAGCUAUGGUCUAGUUACACUUCCAGGUUUCUUGAAGUUCUGGUCUAUCGUGUUCCUAGUGUCUACUACCCUGGUCGCUAUCCUCAAGGGGGAGAAGGAGGUUGAAGGGGUCCAGGGGGAGGAAUACAAAGGGGACCAGGGAGAACAGGAGCUAGGGGUCGUUGAUACUUACAAGUUACUGUUUGAUAUCCUGAAGUUAAGCUUGAUGCCUGCAACUAUUCUAAUGUUGUUGACCAGUAAGAUUGGGUUUGCUGCUACUGAUGCUGUUACGGGGUUAAAACUGGUUGAGAAGGGUGUACCUAAGGAUAAUCUCGCUAUGCUCGCGAUCCCAAUGAUGCCACUACAGAUAGUGCUACCCUGGAUAAUCUCUAAGUACACCUCAGGACCCAGACCUAUGGAUGUUUUUCUGAAGGCUAUCCCUCUACGAUUAUGUAUGGGAGCUGUUAUGGCUGGUUUGGUUUGGAUCACACCUUCAUUCAAACAGGAGUCUGGAGAUUUUCCUUUGUCCUAUUACUGUUUAGUUGUCCUACUCUACUCUUUACAUCAGGUUAGCGGAGCUUCAUGUUUUUGUUCAGGGGUGUAUUUUUUCUCGAAAUAUCUUUUCCCCUCAGAAGUUUUAGGGUUUUUAUUUGCUAAAUGGGGGAAAGUAAAAAAAAAAUUGGAAAAAUUAGAAGAAACUUUGAUGAAUAAAGUUUGAUCGAUGAAUUUUGAU